AUGGGGUUACAGGGCCAGAUGAGCGACUUGUCGUCCGACUCCAUCCCAAUCCUCCUCCUCGCCGUCGUCGCCACCUUCGUCAGCCACCUCCGCUCCUCCCUCUUCUCCUUCCUCCACUCCCUCGGCCUCUGCCGACGACCCGACCGCCGUGCUCCCCCCACAGACGACGGACUCCUCACCGCAGUCGGGUCAGGACUCGCCGGCCUCGCCAUCCUCGCCGAGCAGCUCAACCUCAACAGCCUCUUCUCCUACCGCUACGACCACAGCCGCCACCGCGAAGGCGCCGUCCCCGACUGCAUCGUCUGCUUGUCCGCCAUGAAAGACGGCGACCGUGUCCGCAUGCUCCACUGCCGCCACCUCUUCCACAAGCACUGCUUCGACGGGUGGCUCGACCAGCUCAACUUCAGUUGCCCUAUCUGCCGCUCCCCGCUCGUACACGAGGAGCGCGUGAACCAGACGCGCCGCCGCGUGGGGGGUGACCUUGUCAACUGGUUCUCGCUGCGCACCAAUUGA